AUGUUCGGCUUCUCUGGACCCAAGUUCGACCCCGCCAAGGACAUCCCCAAGCAGUCCGGCAGGGUCGCCUUCGUCACAGGUGGCAAUGGAGGACUCGGGUUGGAGACCGUCGUCCAGCUGGCCAAGGCCGGAAUGGAGCGCAUCUUCAUUGGCGCGCGCAACGAGGAAAAAGCCCUCAAGGCGAUCAAGGAUGUCUCGAAUGAGCUGAACUGCAAAACCACGCUGACGUUUGUGCAAAUGGACUUGACCUCUUUCGAAAGCGUCAUCCGCGCCGCCGACCAGGUCAUAUCGCAAACUAACAAGCUUCAUCUCCUGAUCAACAACGCCGGGGUGGUCGGCUCGGAGCCCGGGCUGACAAAGGACGGCUACGAGACGCAAUGGGGUACCAACCACAUGGGCCACGCGCUCUUCACCCGCUUGCUGCUCCCGCUCCUGAAGGAGACGUCCGAGGGCGGCAGGGUCGACGUGCGCAUAGUCAACGUCUCAUCGAUAUCCGAGUGGAUGUGCUGCUGGCACGGCUGCGGCGACAUGGAAAUCUUCAAAAGCGCCAAGAUGAAGUCUCCAAUCUGGAUCAACAACGACAUCUUCUGGGGCUACGGGGCCUCCAAGCUGGCCAACAUAUUGCACGCGCGCAUGCUGGCGCACAAACACCCCAGCAUCAAGGCCGUGGCCGUCCACCCGGGCACCGUCAAAACGCCCAUCACGGGGAGUUUUACCAAAACCUCGCCCUUCGUUGGGGGUUAUAUAAUGCCCUUCCUCACUGCGAUGUUUUUCGUCGAAGUGUCCGAGGGCGCCAAGAAUCAGCUCUGGGCCGCCACCAGUGAUCAAGCGAACAGCGGCGAGUAUUACUCCCCUGUUGGACGCCCGAACAUGGGCUCGGGUAAAUCAAAGAAUAUGAAGGAGGCUGAGAGGGUCUGGGAUUGGACUGAAAGGGAGUUGGAUGCGUAUCUGAGCAAGAUUGGGCGUUAA